AUGAAAUUGGAGAUGGCGAAGUUACGUUAUGCGGACGUAGCCAUGCCUCGCAUGGUCCCAACUCACGAGCAGAAUGGGGGCCUACCGACGAAAGCUGAGCUGCUCGAUAUCGCUGUGUGCCUCAUGUGGACCUGCGUUAUGUACAUCGCUAUGUUUUGCUUUCUCGAUUAUUUUCGCCCGGAGACCUGUUCUACGCCCUGCUUCCUUCGGCUUUCCGUCUGCUUUUGUCAUCAUGCUUUCUGGGUCGUCGGUGCUUUGGUGCUCCUCUACCAUAACCUCGGCCCGGGAGACAAGAAACUCCUUUCGGAUGCCUGGGAUCUUUACACCGGUCGCUUGAAGCGACAACUGGAGAGUUAUGGGCCCCGGCUCUUCUAUCGGGCGGUUCUCGGGAGUCCAUGCCGCUGGGAACUAAUCUUCGCCGACUACCGCGCCCUAUUUGCUGCUCGCCUU